AUGUCAAGCAGCACCAAGGGCAAUACCGUCAGCUCAUUUGAUGUUGAGGAACUCCUACAAAUUGGGACAAGAUGUAGAGAGCUAAAGAAAGAAAAAGACAUGUUGAAAGAAUCACACUCCCAAAGCUUCGGGCUAAUCAGGAGAUUAGAAGUACAUGUGAAUUCAUUAUCUGAAGCCUGCACAGAGGACAAGAAACAAAUUCAAAUGUUAGAGAAAGAACUCAAGAACUGCUCUCAAGAAAUUGAUUAUCUGCAGGAUCAACUAAAUGCAAGGAACACUGAAGUGAACCUCCUCGAAGAGCAUACACAUAGCCUUGAGUUCAAAUUAGCAGACAUGGAAAAUUUACAAGAGACGGUUGACAGGUUAAGGGAUGAACUUAAGAAGUCCUAUUCAGAGCGCAUGUUCUUAAUGGAGGAACUAGAAAGCAAAGAGAUAGAGUUACAGAAUUCAUCUUUGUGCAUAGAUAAACUAGAGGAGUCAAUCUCAUCCAUGUCAUUAGAGUCUCAGUGUGAAAUAGAGAGUAUGAAGCUUGAUAUAUUGGCCUUAGAGCAUAGUUUCCUUGAAGUUAAAAAAAUCCAGGAAGAAACUGUUCAAGAAAAGACUAGGAUGAGUGAGUUAAUUCAAGAGCUUGAGGUUCAAUGUCAAAAUGCACACAAAACUGUUGAAAGUUUAUACAUGGAAAAUAAGGAACUCAGGAAGAAGCUUGAUGUAUCCGAGACAAAUACUAGGAUAUUCUGCCAGAGGGUUGAAAAAUGGCUGGAAAAGGACAGAAUUCAACUCGACUCAGAGUCUUCGUUGGGGUCAACUAGAGGGAAAUUACAUAUACUCAAAAGAAAUGAGGAAGAACUGAAAGAGGAAAAGUUGAAGGCAAAGGAAGAAGCAGAGGAUCUAGCUCAAGAAAUGGCUGAGCUCAGAUACCGAAUGACAGGUUUGCUUGAAGAAGAGUGUAAGCGCCGUGCUUAUAUCGAACAAGCAUCUUUACAAAGAAUUGCUGAGUUAGAAGCACAGGUUACAAAAGAACGGACACAAUCGGUGAAAUCCUUUGCUGCUCUCCGGCAUCUCAAUGAAGCAAAGUGA